CGAUCACCAUUUGGCAAGUGGAACACGCAGCUCACCAAGUGUGGUAACUUGAAUAUUGUGGUGAUGAUUUUUCUAACGUCCAGGUAACUUGCAGCCACACGAAAAUGACCGACUACGCCGAAGAGCAAAGGAAUGAACUUGAAGCUAUAGAGUCCAUCUACCCGGACUCUUUCACAGUGAUUUCAGAUGAUCCCACCAGCUUCACCAUCACUGUAAUAUCAGAUGCAGGGGAAAAUGGUGAAACUGUGGAAGCAACACUUAAGUUCACAUAUGUAGAAAAAUACCCAGAUGAGCCUCCGCUGUGGGAGAUCCACUCCCAGGAGAACCUGGAGGACAGUGACGUGGAGGACAUCCUCACCUUACUGCAACAACAGGCAGAAGAAAACCUGGGCAUGGUGAUGAUCUUCACUCUGGUGACAGCUGUUCAGGAGAAACUCAAUGAAAUUGUGGAUGUGAUGAAAAACAGACAAGAAGAGGAAAAACGUCAGAAAGAGAAAGAGGCAGAGGAAGCAGAGAAGGUAGCAUUCCAGGGAACAGUGGUAACCAUUGAAAACUUCCUGGCGUGGAAAGCCAAGUUUGAGGUGGAAGUGGCCGAGCUGAGGAGGAAAAAACAAAAGGAGGAGGAGCAGGCAGGAAAACCCAAACUCACUGGUAAACAGCUGUUUGAGAGAGACCACAACUUGGACACAUCUGAUAUUCAGUUUCUUGAAGAAGCUGGUAACAACGUUGAGGUGGACGAGUCACUCUUCCAGGAGAUUGAGGACUUGGACUUGGACGAGGAAGAUCUGGAAUUUGACCCUUUAGAGAUGGGCAAUGAUGAGGACUAAACCAGGAGUAGGACUGACAGGACUAUACCUGCUCCUCUCUGGAGUUUGAUCAUAUGACCAGACACAUCAAGAAGAACAGCUGCGUCUAUUUUUUUAUUGACUCUCACAGCAGACACAACACAUACAUAUAGAGUCAUGAGUGUUCAUUUCUAUGCCCCAACAAUUAAAUUUACUGGAUAAAUGGCG